AUGAGACUGCAAUUUGGAGCCACGGUGGUGCCUGGUGCUGAUGUGAAAGGCAUCCUGGUAAAACAGCAGAGGGACAGCCAACUUGUGGAAACAGCAGCGCAGUUGCUCCAGCUCCACUGUCCUGCAGGGCCUAUGUCCAAUGGGAGGGACAUGAAUUUUAUAUAGGAGAACAGUCACAUCCUCAUACAAAAGAUGGGAAUGACUGAAAAGGAAACUGUGGAUGAACUCUUUGUAUGGAAUGUUCUGAGUAAUGAAGUAAACAUCAUUUGCUUUGAGAAGGUCGAGCGGGAUUCUGCGAGAGGGGUCAUUCACAUGAUUUUGAAGACGGGUUCAGAAGCCUAUAAACUCUUUCUUAAAUCCUUUGAAAAGUGGAACUAUCCUCUGUUUCAGGACUUGCAUGGACUAAGUCUUUUUCAUCAGAUAUCAAAAAAAGACUUAGAUGGUUUGGCUCAGGAUUUAAAGGAAUUUUAUCAUACCCCAUCUUUUCUGAACUUCUAUCCCCUGGGAGAAGAUAUUGACAUUAUUUUUAAUUUGAAAAGCACCUUCACAGAACUGGUUCUAUGGAGGAAGGACCAACACCAUCACUAUCUGAGGUAGCUGACCCUGAGUGGCCUGCUGGACACUCUUCAGAACCGCUGCAUCAUCGAAGGGGAAUCGGGCAAAGGGGAGUCCACACUGUUGCAGCAAAUCGCCACACUCUGGGCCUCUGGGAAGUGCCGGGCUCUGACCAAAUUCAAAUUAGUCUUCUUUGUCUAUCUGAGCAAGGCCCAGGGUGGACUUUUUGAAACCUUGUGCGACCAACUCCUAGACAUACCUGACAUGAUCAGGAAGUCAACUUUCAAGGCCAUGCUGCUUGAAAGGCAGAGGGUUCUUUUUCUCCUUGAUGGCUACAGUGAAUUCAAGGUCCAGAACUGCCCAGAAAUUGAAGCUCUGAUAAAGGAAAACCACUGCUUCAAGAAUAUGGUCAAUGUUACUGCCACCACAGAGUGCCUGAGGCAUGUCCAGCAGUUUGGGGUGCUGACUGUUGAUGUGGGGGACACGCUGGAGGAAAGUACCCAGGCUUUCAUCUGGAGAGUGCUGAUUAAGGAGCUUGCAGAAGGCUUGUUGCUCCAAAUUCAGAAAUCCAGGUGCUUGAGGAAUCUGAUGAAGACUCCUCUCUUUGUGGUUAUCACUUGUAUAAUCCAGAUAGGGGAAAGUGAGCUCCACUCUAAUACACAAACCACACUGUUCCAUACCUUCUGUGACCUGCUAAAAAAUAAAAACAAGCACAGAUAUAGAGGGGUGGCUCUGAGUGACUUCACUCAGACCCUGGACCACCGCAGAGACCUAGCUCUGGAGGGGGUGUUCUCCCACAGGUUUGAUUUCGAACCAGACGACUUGUCCAUUGUGAACGAGGAUGUCCUACUGACAGUGGGCCUCCUCUGUAAAUACACAGCUCAACGGUUCAAGCCAAUGCGUAAAUUCUUCUAUAAAUCGUUCCAGGAGUACACAGCAGGAUGCAGACUCAGCAGUCUACUGACAUCUGGAGAGCCAGUGGAGGUGACCAAGGGGAACAGCUACUUGCCAAAAAUGGAUUUCAUUUCAGACAUCAUAUCCAAGUAUAGCAACCUGCUCAUGUACAUGUGUGGGUCGUCUGCCAAAGCCACGAGGACUGCUCUGAAACACCUUGCAUCAGUGUAUCAACACGGCAGCCUCCUUGGGCUUUGUGUCACCAAGAGGACCCUCUGGAGGCAGGAAUCUAUGCAAAAUGUGAAAAACACCACUGUGCAAGAAAUUCUGAAAGCCAUAAAUAUCACUUCCUUUACAGAGUGUGGCAUCAAUUUAUUCCGUGGGAGUAUAGCUGCAUCAAACCUGAGCAAAGAAUUCGAAGAUUUCUUUUGUAGCAAAAGCUUAUAUAUCAACUCAGAGAACAUCCCCAAUUACUUGUUUGACUUCUUUGAAGACUUGUCUAAUUGUGCAAGCGCUCUGGACUUCGUUAAACUGGACUUCUGCAGGGGAGCUGUGGCUUCACAAGACAAGACCCCAGAAGACAUAUGCAGGAUGCACACGCAUGAGUCCUCAGGAAGCUACAUCCCCAGCAGGGCUGUGUCUUUGUUCUUCAACUGGAAUCAGGAAUUCAAGACCUUGGAGAUCACACUCCAGGAUUUCUGCAAGUUGAAUAACCAAGAUAUCAAAUAUCUGGGGAAAAUAUUCAGCUCUGCUACAAGCCUCAGGCUGUGCAUUAAGAGAUGGGCUGGUGUGGCCAGAAGCCUCAGUUCAGUCCUCAGCACCUGUAAGAACAUCCAUUCCCUCAUGUGGAAGCCAAUCUCCCUCACCUUAGAAGACAAGCAGCAUAUCACAUCUGUGACCAACCUGCACACCCUGAGUAUUCACGACCUACAGACUCAACGGCUGCUGGGUACUGUUGACAGGCUGCACAUUUUGGAAGAGCUAACUGUGCUGAUGCUGCCCUAGUGCAAUGAUGUAUGAAUCAGCCUGACCAGACUGCUGAAGCAAAUGGAGAGGGCCCCAGAGCUCAUCAAGCUUGGGCUGAAAAACUGGAGACUCACAGAUACAGGGAUGAGAAUUCUAGGUGUAUUGUUUGAAAAGAACUCUCUGAAAAACUUCCAGCAGUUGGAUUUGGUGGGAAAUUGUGUGAGCAGUGACAGAUGGCUUGCCUUCAUGGGUGUAUUUGAGAAUCUUAAGCAACUGGUGUUUUUUGACUUCAGUACUGAAAGACUUCUACCUGAUACAUCACGAGUCAGAAAACUUGGCCAUGCAUUAUCCAAAUUAACUUUUUUGCAAGAAGCUAGGCUUGCUGGGUGGCAAUUUGAUAAUGAUGAAGUCAGUGUUAUUAAAGCUGCUUUUAAACUAGUAACUGCUUAAAGGACACCCUAAGCCCAUGAAUGUUCCGGGGAUCCCAUUACUUUCAGCCUGGUAAUUUUAAAAAAUCUUUGCGCAUACAGUGCAAUAGUCUGAGAGUAAAUGGCAAUCCAUUAUACAUCUCAAAAUGAUCCUUCUCAACAGUGUCUGCCUAACUUACCCCUUCUAAACUUUUUCUUCUUUUACUGACAUCUGGUCGGUGGACAGCACCAUCAUCUCCUUAGCUGGCUUUUUUCAUGGAAAUCUUUCUUAGUUUCAACAUUCAGAAAAAAAGAAGGAAAAGAGGAGGAUGCCAGGAAAAUGAUGCCAAAGAAGAAGAGGAAGUGGGAGGGAGUUUAAUUUGAUGAUGCAUAAAAUGGUUCUGGUGUUCUUAUCACUUCUACUAGGAUUAUGGGCUACUUGAAAGGGACUCCUGUUCAUCCUAGUGUUCCCCUUGGUCCCAAGAAUAGCAGGUCCCCAAAACUGAUAUAAUGUAUGUACGCUUACUUAGCGCAGUUCCCAGUAUGUACUAGACUCUCGACAAACAUUUGCUGAAUAGGAUAUAAUUAAGUUACCAACAAACAGCUAUUGAAAAAAAAAAACAGGCCAAAAUUACUUAAAAGCAGAGAGAAAACUCCAUGUAUGUUCUUUAUUCAAACAGUUUAAUUUAAACAACUUGGAAUGUAAAAAGUAUAUUCUUAUAUAAGAAGAUUAGACUUUCCAAAAAGAUGAGCAUUCUUUAGUUAAGCAAAAAAUUAGCAGUUUCUGAGUAGCUUGAAAUUCGGGUCCUCUCCAGCUGCUGAUGCAUGUAUGGAAUUCCAUCUGUGACUACAGAGAUUAUGGAAGAAAGAAAAAAUGGACCCCAUUCUUCUGACCCUGUCUUAAUCUUUUCUCCGAUACCUCCAAAAAUAAUCCUUCCACACAAAGAAAGAAGUCUAAGAAAAAUCUGUUUAAUCUAAACAGAUUUAAGUCUACACAACUCUAAAAAUAAACAAAAACCAAAAUGGUGUUAGCCUUCAGUUUACCUUCUGUACUCAUGGCAUCUCAAAUUAAUGGCUCGGGUGUUGGUGUAGGUCACACUUGGCUUGUAUGUUGAGGUAGUUGCUGAAAAGAAAUUCUGGGUACAAUAUUCUAUUUCACAAGUGGGGCAUAUAUUCUGCAAAUUUAGUCAUACAAUUUUAGAGCCGACAGUUUACAAAUCAACUACUUCAUUCCCCACCCUAACUUUACAAAUAAGAAAGAUAAAGAGAAGUUAAAUGACUUGCUUAUGAUUACAAAACUACUUAUAUAGUGGCACCAUCAGGACUGGAAUUCAAAUCGUGUCUUCCAGUCCAGUGUGUUAUCAAUACACAGCAAUUUCUCAAACAGAAUUAAUCAUACUCCAUGGAGUUUGCUCUUAAUCACAAUCAUGGACCAAGUAUUUAAUUCAAACUUGCUUCUUUGUCUAGCUUCAAGUAACUCUGUGGCAAGAUUUUAGAGGUAAGGCUACUGCAUCUAGGACUAUCCUGGCCAACUUAUUUAUGUUCACAUCCCAAACCUGGCCAGGGCUUGGCAACUAAGACUUCUUUAUAUAAUAAUGCCUGGAACAGUGUCACCUCCAGCAGUUGGCAUGACAAUUUCAACAAGUAGAGCCAAUUCUUUCAGAAUCUCCAGGCAACUUUUCAAUAGUGUAGGUGGAUAUCAAAGCACCUUUGGUAGGACAAAAGGUGUUACUUCUGAAUGGGGGUCAAGGAAGUAGGCAUUUAACCUCACACAGAAGUGUGUUCAGUACCUGGGCACUUUAAAAAUUCCCUGGAGAUGGAGAAGACAAGCACAGGGUGGCAGCACAUACCUCUUAAUCCUCACUCAGUACCUGGCAGUUCUUCAGAUUUCAUUCAUGACCCAAAUUCACAGUUAGAUGAGGUCAAUGGAGGAAAAACCACCCUGUAAUAGUAGACCAAUAAUAGGUAUAAUAAUCGUUGAAGAACACAAGACAAAGGACAAGGAACAGGUUGCCUUAUCAUAUUUUACAAAGUUUUACUUUCCCUGGCAGUCAAGGUAGCAUGAAUUCUAUUUCUUCAGCAGGUCAAAUGCCUGAACAGGGUUGCAGAUGUCAAAGAUAAUGGUCAACUCCUCAUCAAGCAAGGUAUUUGGGACAUGGUCUGUUAAUAUCAUAGGAUGCCUACAAUUUUGCUUGACAGGGAUGGUUUCUUAGGUGCUUAUUAUCCUACUGUGAAGAAACAGGAUUUGAGAGUAUUGCUUACAUUUAAGAGGAUGAAUUGAUGGCAGAAACUGGCAAAUUCUAAAAAAACAAAACAAAACAAAACAAACAAACAAA